UAGUGUCAAGCAGGGGCGGACUGACCAUUCGAAAACUCGGGCACUGCCCGAGGGCACAGGGGUCAGUAGGGGGCCCCAUGAGAUGCCCCUGGUACCUUUUUCAUAGGCUUUUUUGAGUUUGGGCAAGGACACAGGGGCCCCAUGAUCCCCUAUUGCCCGGGGCCCCAUGAGUUUUCAGUCCGCCCCUGUACACAAUGGAUGGCUUUCAUUCGUGCACAAUCAUUUCAUUCAUGCACAAUGAAUCAAUCACAGCCCAUCUGUACCAUGUGAUUAGCUGAGGCCAAUC